UCCCCCAUCAAGAAAGUACACCAGAUUUCCCUUCUAGCUGCAAACCCUGUCUUGCUAGUGCUACUUUCACUCAUGAUGAGUUGGACGGUGAAGACUUUGGUGCUCCCCAUGGUGCUGCUGUGCGUGUGGCGGCUGCAGGAAGAAGCAGAAGCCUGCAGGUGUUUUCAAGAGCAUCCACAAACGGCGUUUUGCAAAGCAGACAUUGUCAUCAAGGCUAAGGUGCUUGGAAUGGAGCUUCUUUCUGAACAUGAACGCAAAUAUCUCAUCAAGCAGACUAAGAUGUUCAAGGGAGAUCACAGGGAUAUUGAUGGUGUCUACACUGCAGUGUCUCCUUCGGCCUGUGGAGUAACUUUGACCAUUGGUGUAGAAUAUCUUCUCUCAGGUGGACUGACUCCCCAAGGGUUGCUGCAUGUCAUCUCCUGCGGCUUCACCAAACCCUGGAACAGCCUGACCGCCAACCAGAAAAGCAACCUGGUACACAACUACAUAAAAGGCUGCAAUUGCAAAAUCACACUCUGCCACACCCCCCCAUGCCGCCGCAGAAGACCGUUUGAGUGCAGGUGGAUUACGUUUGUGAGCAACGGGGGCAAUCUACCACGGGCCGAACAUUUUUCUUGUCUGAAACAUGAUGGCUCUUGUGGUUGGGUCUGGGGGAUCCACUGAGCCAAAUAAGGCUAUCAAGGACGCUAAAGGUCAAACUCCCAUGCAGAAGAUGUCUAAUAAAUACAAGAAAACGA